GUAUGGGGAUGGACAGACAAAACUGGUUCAGGGGUAAGGGGAUGGGAAGAUAGGGAGUAGACAGGGCUGCUGAGCAUGAAGCUGCGCAUGUUGGGUCUGGCACCAGGCAGGGGUAGGGACCACUGAUUUCGUAUCAAUAGUUUGCUAUAAGUUUGCCUGCAUUGAUUCAAGCUGCAGUAUAGAUGUUCAUACUGUCCUCACAGUACAUAGGUACCUUUGACACUGAAUGUGUAACCACUUUGUUACGUAAGACACAUGUGCCGGGGGGAGGAGCCUAAGCCUCACUAGGGGGAGGAGCCUUCACAAUAUGGGGAGGUCCCAUCGCAACAGCCCACACAUCCCAAACCCACAACCAGUGCCCAGCAGUUCCAUUAUACUCUUUCAUAUAGCCUGAAACUAUGGAGCCCGGGUCGAUGGUCAGCGCGGUGAGGAGCAGGAGGGUUUUGUGUGGCACUGAGAUCGGGCCAGCUCUCGUUGUCAUCAGGGAAGGGAAGGUCCACAGCAUUCUCCCAGGCUCCAGUGGUUCUACUGGGGAUGACGCUGGCUGUGAGGUCCUGGAUGUAGGAGACAGUCUGGUAAUGCCUGGCAUUGUGGACUGUCACGUCCAUGUGAAUGAGCCAGGCCGCUCUUCCUGGGAGGGUUUCUGGACCGCCACCCGGGCAGCUGCGGCAGGAGGGGUUACCACUAUAGUAGACAUGCCCCUAAACAGCAUCCCUCCAACCACGACCCUGGAUAACUUACAGGAUAAAAUGGAGGCAGCAUCCGGGAAGUGCUUUGUAGAUACGGCCUUCUGGGGCGGGGUCAUCCCUGGCAACCAGCUGGAGCUGAAGCCCAUGAUCCAGGCAGGGGUGGCUGGUUUUAAGUGUUUCCUGAUCCACAGUGGAGUGGAGGAGUUCCCCCAUGUGACUGACAAGGACCUGCACACUGCAAUGGAACAGCUACAGGGCACAGGAAGCGUUCUGCUGUUUCACGCUGAGAGGGAUGUCCCCCUGUUGUCAGAGGAAGAUGCUGACCCCAAAGAUUACUCCACCUUCCUAAAUUCACGGCCAGACGUUAUGGAGCUGGAGGCCAUUCGUACCGUCACUGACCUCUGCCUGCAUUACCAGGUGCGUUGCCACAUAGUGCACCUGUCCUCUGCCCAGCCUCUGGAACUCAUCCAGGCAGCGAGGCAGGCCGGAGCCCCACUGACAGUGGAGACCACCCACCACUACCUCAGCCUGUCCGCGGAGCACAUCCCUGCUGGGGCCACGCAGUUCAAAUGCUGCCCUCCCAUCCGUGGGGCAGCCAAUCAGGAGAAGCUGUGGUCGGCCCUGAAGGAUGGUCACAUCGACAUGGUGGUUUCAGACCACUCCCCCUGCACACCAGACCUGAAGAGAUUGGACACUGGGGACUUCACUCAGGCAUGGGGAGGGAUCUCCUCCCUGCAGUUUGGUCUGUCUCUGUUCUGGACGUCUGCCAGUAAGAGAGGUUUCACGCUGCCCGAUGUUGCGCGGUUCCUGUGCCAAAGCACCGCACGACUCUGUCGCCUUGACAACCAGAAGGGCAGCCUUGUUCCCGGUCACGACGCUGACCUGGUCAUAUGGGACCCGGAGAAGGAGUUUGAGCUGAAAGAAGCAAGUAUACAUCACAAACAUAAGUUGACCCCCUACAUGGGUCUCAGGUUGCGAGGGGAAGUGUGUGCAACCAUUGUCCGAGGCAGACUGGUGUACAAGCGGGGCUCCUUCUCUCCUCUGCCUCUGGGGAAGCACCUCCUCCUCCCCCAGGGGAAGGAAUCUCUGACCUAGGUACCUGUCCGUUUGUGCUAAAAUUCAACUACUUGCCUCUCCUUAUCAUGUAUAGAGGGGAGCAGUAUGUUUGCACGAACAGACCUGGAACCAGGCUAAGGCCUCAGUGAUUCCCUGGAGAACAAUGGACAAGGCCUGUUACUGACUGUCUUGGCUCAUAAGUGUCCAGGAUGGCAGCAAUAUUGUUACUCUACUAUAAAUACAAUUUAAAUGAAAUGAAGGGACAUAUGCUUUGGUG